CGACUGGUGCAAACUCUGGAGGUUAGAGCUCAACAAAGAGAAAUGCGGCUGGUUAUGUAAAGGAGACACAUCUCUUAAAAUAAAACUAGCACUUAACAUCCAUACACUGCCCAUACUGGUAUCAGUAACUGACCUAGGGGUACUUCACUCACACAGUCUUAGUUUCUCUGAACACAUCUCAGCCAAAGCAUCUAAAAUGCGGAAAUUGCUUGGCUCCAUUCUCCGUAAUUUCUACCAAAAUAAAUCUAAAAUCCUUCUUUAUAAAUUAUUGUUAGACCUUUCGUGCCUUAAGGUAACCAUCGUGCUAUUGAUAGAAGAAACCAGAGAAGUAGUGAAUAGGUCUUUAUUUCGAUCUUCGCGCAGUCACAGUGGAGCAUGGGACUAUCUGUUCAGACAAACAAAGGCUCUCAACAUUCAAUAUAAGAUAAUAGGGAAUAUAACGCUUAUAAAAAAUAAGGAAGUGAGUGAAUACUUGAACAAUACUGUUUUGGCAUAUGCUUGGUUGUUUGAGGUCAACUCUUAACCAACCAACCUAAGCUGUUACAGACCUAUCGUUGUAUACUGCUCGUUCUUAUUUUCCAACCCUAAAACGUCAAGAGAACCGCACAAUCGACUGCCUACUUCCAGUGGUAUUGCAUCUAUGGAGCCUGUUACCCAUCAACUGGCCAGGACAACACAAAAUAACAUCAGUACCAAUGUAGUGGAUGUUUCCUCUUGUUUAUUCUUUGUUAGCUUUUUGCCCUUCUGUACACUGUGUUGACCAGCAAUUAGUAUUAUUUCUCCUCUCGUUACCUUAUUUACAACUCAUAUACUUCUAUACUUAUCCGCCUACUUUAAUAAACAACUAUCCUACAUUAUACCCUUCUCAAAGUGGUACUUAUAGAAAUAGUGUUUUCCAAUAGGUUAUGAAACACAGAGGAUUGUGUGAGGUAUGACAUAUAUCCGAAAAUAAGCUUAAAUGAACCUAACACCACAAAAGGAGAGAUGUUGGAGUUGUUGACCAGCAAGCAUUGACGGUGAGGGCGAUGACUCCAAUCCACCUGUGUUUGUGGGGUAGAACAUUUUGUAUGUAUCAGGCUCUUUAUGAUUGAGAAUUAGUCAAUCAAUCUGUGAUAUAGAUUGUUUUCCUACCCUUACCACUCAGACUUACGUUUCCAAUAUUAUGCUGAACUAGAUAUUCUACUAAGACAGCCUAUAACAUGCUAAAUCGGACUUUUACACUAGGAUUGUGUGGCUGGCAUCGGAUAAACAAAAAAAAGUUAGACAACAAAAGAUAUAGUCAUUAGUAUUCUUAACACUUCACGCUCUAUAUGCACACCCUUCUAAUAAACCGCUUUCUAUGUACCAGCCUUGACUUCCUAUCCUUCAUGUGAGCUUACUACAACUCGUUAAACGACACAACUCAUUGUUCUUUAUCAUUACAUUCUCUAAUAUGGAGCCUCUGACUUCAUUUCACUCGAACAAGAUAUAAUAUGAAUUUAUUCUAAUUUAUUAUACCUCUGUCCUUUCUCUUACACAAUGUUAAGCAACGUUUGGCGUUCAUAUCCAAGUACCUUUCUGCUCUUCUGUUUCUCUUUCUUUUUUUCUUCAGAAUCUUGCUCUGAGGGCACGGCUAUGAAACUUGUGACAUCUGGAACAAACUUGACGUACGUGUCUCCUCAAGGAUAUGGUUUACAACAGGCACUCUACGAGACUACUUUAUAACAACCAUUAACUUAAUAAGUUGGAAGCAUGUUGUGCGCCGACAAAUGUUGUAAUUUGUAGAUCAUGCUUGUAAAACUGGCGUGUACCUGCUCAUACAGAAAUAUAUUAUUAUUAAAUAAGCUCGAUCAAAUGCGAUAUAUAAGCUGUAUAGUUGAUAAUAUUCUUAGAUAUUGCAGUCGAUGGAAGAUAGAUAACACUCAAAUCUUACAUAAUAACAGCAAUUUCACUACCAAGACUAAGUAAACAGUAUAUACAGACCCAACAAAACCAAUUCCUACUUGGGAAUCAUCAAUAAGUAGGUAAGACUUUAGUUUCCCUCACUCUUGUCUUUGUGUAAUAUUCUUUGUAGUGUGGCAUCGAGUCACGGUUGACUAUGAACACCACUACAGGAAGACUACAUGCCAGUUAACCGACAAGGCCCUCCGUAGACCGAAUAGCAGAAGGCAGUUGGUGGCUGUAGUCGAUAUGUAUUUGUUGGCGAUCUCGUGGUAUCGAAAGAAUACCGAGAUCGUGCCAGAUUACAAGUAUUGUUACUGAGCGUAACCGAAUUCGUGCAAGGUCACAAUCAACGGAAGAAUGUAUGUGUUUUGGCACAUUAAAAAAAACAAGUACGGUGAAACGACCUCUGGUAAAAUGGGCUAUAAUAAUAACUGUUUCCAUUACACUAAUCGCGUUCUCUUGAUAAAAGUAGGUCACUACAUCUUCACGAUAGAAGAUAAUAAUAGGAUUACAACAAAAUGUGGAAACCUGACGGGAACUGUUGACUAUAAGAAGUUCUUUGUAGUAGUAUUUUUAACUUAACUACAUAUCCGACUUGUGAAUUCAUUUAUCUCCAUCAGUUGUUGCGCUUCUUGUGCCAGUAAUAAUGAUGCACCAACGAACAUUUGCCCAAUUUUUUUUUGCGUCUUCUUCGUUUCAUACAAAGAUAUACCGAUAGUCUUAACGGGUAACUGUUUGUGGAAAUUAAAAACAACUGAGUUUUUGCUUUAUAAGUACCCGUUUCGUCACGACAACUUGUAGUACUGCAUCAGCUUAGAAGUUUCGCUGAAAUGUUGCAUUGUGUAUAUAAGUUGUGGCCUGUUUUUGACCUCAAAAAUCGUGAAUUUCACUUGCUUGAGUUUUAAUUGUUACAAAUAAUCGCAUUAGGCUAAAUAAACAUUCACCCAGGUUGUGAGCAACAAAUACACCAAACUACCAAUUAACAGGAAUAAAACCUUCUUAAUAAGCACGAAGAUUACGAAAAUUGAGGUGUGACGGAAAAAGUGUUGUUAAUAGCUGGCAAAUAACGACAUUCAAAAUCCUCAUGUAACGUGUGCGCGAGAACCCAUGGUUUAACUUUGUGACCGUCCCGAAUAAAUACCUCGACCUCUUACAAAUCAUGCGCGUGUUUAAUUUUGGGAUUAAGGUCGUUUGAUUCUAACAAAUUCUUCAAUAUAAUAUUCGAUGAGAUUAAGUUUUUCCCAGCAAAUUUGGGGUGGAGUUUUGUCUUACUUUGAAACUUUGGUAGUGUAUAUUGUGACUCAGAAUGAAAGUUCACUGAUGGCUCGACAAGCAAGUGAAUACUACCUGUGCGUUUUUGCUUUCGCUUUGUCUCUGUACGAUCGUCAAAGUCUCAUCACGCUGAAACGCUACAUCACGGCUAGUAGAAACGGUGACGGUUUAAUCCAGGUCCUAAAUUUCUACUGUGGAAUCAUGACAACUAUUAGCAAAUGACAUUUCGCUUUUCGCCAGUUUCCUAUAAAAUUUUACUUUCCGCCAGUCACAGUUGAGUGUUUGGCACGUCCCGUAACAGCAUAUACUACACCGAUACAUCCUUCUUUGUCAGUACUCGUGUCACCGGGGCAACCACCAUCCUUCUUCCUACAGGCCAAAACCAAGAGGUUCAUAGCCUCCUGUAUCUGUAGCGUCCUACCCGCACAGCAAAAUACACAAGGUUAACGGGAGUCAGGUUUUAGCACUUUUUGCAUACGAUGGGAUUUAAACGGGAAAAACAUCUUAUGGAAUCAAUUUUUACACUUAUCGCAUUUUCCUUCCACAGAAGAAAGAACAUUUGGUCGUCCAGUUUAAAAUUACUGCAACCCACUGUAAAAGGAUUGAGAGGGUUUGGAAAAAUGAUAUUAUCACUAUAUAUAUAUAUAUAUAUAUAUAUAUAUAUAUGUUUGGCCUGAAAGUAAUUACGGACAACUCUCAAGGUCAAUAAUAAUGAAAAUAAUAAUAAUAAUGAAAAUAUGGAUGAUAUCCGCUUUUGUUAUUGUUAUCUUAGUCAAUCACAACAAACAACUAUGUCAAACAAUCUGGAACUUUGUUCCGUACUACAAGAAAAGGCAGUGAUAUUUCAAGACUUACGUAAACGUGUUGGUCUUGACAAUUUAAAUAUAUCAAACCGCACGUCCUUUAUUUUGACUGACGUUUUUGAAUGACAUUUUAAAAAAGAGCAGUGAUUUAUAACUGAAAUGUAAUUCAUUUAUCGAAAGCAUACUUGGCUGACCUUGACUUGAUCUAUUUCAGAUAAGAUUUGUGAUUUUUUCAAAUCCAUUUUGUUGUCACGCUUUUCGGUUGAUUUUCAGAAAAUGGUUAACCCUGCUCACAAAUGUGGACAGCCGAAUUGCUUAUCCCUUUUGAAGGAAGCAAUGCAAUAUGCUGAGUGAAAUAAGCAGUUCCAUAAGAUAUGUACUCGAAGCCUAACUAAUACCGGCUGCGUAUAUUUUGAUGUUCGAGCAGGAUAUUACUCGACCAACAGAAAAUCAUCCUUCUGACGUUUGCCAGCAAAAAUGAUGAUGGUAGUUGUAAUGGUAACAUGAGUACCGACAGCAAAUAAUGUGUUGGUGUAGUAAGUGCUGUAACAGGACGUACAAAUAACUGAAUAAGGAACAUGCAAAACGGAAGAUUUCUUUGAAACAAAUAAAGGAGGGGAGGCUACUGGACUUUUGUAGUGACGAUUCUAAAGUAGCACCUGAAGUCCCGGAUAAAACUGUCACUGUCCCAAGUGGUCCCUAUUUAACUAUCCCAAGUGGUGGGAAACAGACUAAUGUGGGAACAAAGGGGAAGGGAAGGGCAUAAACAGCACUCAUGUGAUUGGUACGUCUUUGGUAGGCUCGUUUUGAAUCACGAAAUACACCAUCAAGGUUCCGAAGUGAGGCUGGACUUAACCUUAGAAUGGUUAGAAAAACGUUGAUCUCAUAGAAAAUAUUUGUGAGCAGUUAGCACGUAACUAACUACCUCUAUCUAAAAACAACUUAAGAAAAUCUCCUAGUCGUUAUCAGACGGGAAAUGUGUGGUGUUUGAAUGAACCAAUGAUAACUUCGUACUUGUUGAAUGCUUGAUUUCGAAUUCUAAAUACAAUACAUUCGUUUGUGCCUGUAUCUUCUUAAUUGAAUUGCGUUAAUCCUGGAAUUCCUAGUUCGUACGAUAAUUUGAAUACCAUAUUGGCGUCGCGAUGGAGCCUGCAAUGGAAAAGUUAGAUAUUCAUUCAACUCCUGAAGCUUUUGAGGAUUAUUUGGAAAGGUUCGAUAUCUGGAGCAUGACCAAGAAAGAUGUUAAAGGUGAUAAAAUUGUGGCAAAUUUUCUGACAUUCAUUGGGAGAGAAGCGUACAGCUUAUUAAAAACUUUGGCAUAUACAGAAAAACAUAUCUCACUCUCUUAUGCAGCGCUUAAAGAGCUAUCGUUAAGUCAUGUAAAAUGCACCGGUUUUGAAUGCCGUGAAAGGGCGAAGUUUCAUAAGAUGGUUCGUCAAAAUGACCAAAAGGCUCGGGAAUUCAUCCUUGAAUUACAGAAACAAGCUGCCAAGUGUAAUUUCGGUGAUCAACUUCAUGUGCAAUUGAGAGAUCGAUUAAUUGCAGGAAUUAACAUACCGAGUUUGGAAAGAGAGCUGUUAAAAAUGCCAAACUGUUCCUUUCAAGAUGCUAGAACUGCAUGUAUUAACUACGAAGCAGUCAAUGAACUUGAUAUGCAGUCGAUGAAGAUUUCUAAUACUUUGCUUAGUGGUCGUGAUGAACUACAAUCUCAGGGUCAAUCAAACUUGCGUUCAUUUAACAGUGACUCCUAUUCUCGCGUAAAUAUGAAAGGUGUUUCAACGAGGAAUUACAAAGCAAAUCACAAAGUUGAGAUGAAGUUUGGUAAAUGUUUAUCAUGUGGAAAGUUUCAUGCUCGCGAUCCAUGUGCAUUUCGUAAUGCUAAAUGUUUUAAAUGUGGUAAAGUAGGACACAUUCAGUCAGUAUGCAAAGCUACUGUCCAUUUUGCUUCAAGCUGUACUAAAUCUUGUAGUUUAAAUUUCAAUAAUUCGGAUGUUUCUAGUGAUCAUUUAUCUUUGUCUACUAUUUCGAAAGGUAAUGCUCAUAUUCAGAAGCGACUAUAUACAUCGCUUGGUUCAUUUCAUGACUUUAUUCUGGACACAGGCAGUAUAGAGUCCAUUAUUUCAUUCAAGAAUUUGAAAGCCUUAGAUCCUAACGUUGUUGUACGACCCACUGAAGUAUCAAUACUGGGGAUUACUGAACACAGACUGCCCAUACGAGGAUGUUGUGAAUUGCUAAUCAGAGAUGAUAAUUCAUCAUACAUACCUUGUGAAUUUUUAGUUAGCGAAGCAGGACUGUCAAUAUUGGGUUUAAAGAAUUUGAAAAGGCUUAAGGUGGAGUUGUCCUUCUUAGUUUCUAAAGAAAAUUAAGCCUAUAAAACUUCAAGUACAGGGUGAUCCCGUCUUUCUUAAAAGACGAAUAAUUCCUUAUGGUCUUCGAGAAGCAGUACAUAAGACAUUAAACGAUUUGUGUGUGAAAGGCAUAAUUGAACCAAUUCAGUCUUCAGCAUGGGGUACUCCUAUCGUUACGCCACUGAAGUCGGACGGCAAGACCCCUAGAAUUUGUGGUGACUAUAGAUUAACUCUGAAUUCCCGUUUGUUGAAGCAAACGUGCACGACGGUAGAAGCUGAAGAUAUUCUAAAUCGACUUCAUGGUUCUAAAGUGUUCUCGAAAGUUGACCUAAAAGAUGCUUAUCUUCAAAUUCCUUUAGAUGAAUCUUCAUCUAUUUUGACGACAAUUAACACUCCUUUUGGUCUGUUCAAAUACAAUUUCCUUCCAUUUGGUCUAAGUUGUUCUCCAGCCAUAUUUCAGGAAGUUAUGAAUAAAGUAGUUAAUGGUCUUGAAGUUUAUCAAGAUGAUCUCAUUGUUCCCGGUUCUGAUAAGGUAGUCCAUGACCAGAGACUUAUUGCUUUAUUGCGUCGUUUAAUUGAGAAAAAUAUAACAGUGAAUCCAAAUAAGCGUUCAUUUUGUGUAUCUAGUUUUGAAUGCCUUGGAUACCUAGUAGAUGGUAAUGGUUUUAGACCAGAUAUGAAACGACUAGCCCCACUGACUAAUGCACCGUCUCCGAAAAAUCUUACAGAAUUACGUUCACUAGUGGGUGCUCUUCAAUACUAUUCCCGUUUUAUUCCUAAUUUUUCUUGUCGUGCAAAUUGUUUAUUUAAUAUUUUAACAUCCAAUUCAUUCAAAUGGAGUGAGGAACAAGAGUCAUGCUUACGAAGUCUGCUGAAGUUUCUUCAAAGUGAUGCUGUUCUUCGAACGUACUCUCCUAAUGUACAUUCUGCGCUUAUUACUGAUGCAUCACCUGUGGGAAUUGGUGCAGUUUUAGAACAGGAAAAUAGACCACUUAUUUGCGUUUCACGCAAACUUACUGUUACUGAACAAGGUCAUUCACAGACUCAGCGGGAAGCAUUAGCUGUGUUUUGGGCUGUUAAAAGACUUCAUAAAUAUUUAUUCGGAAAGAAAUUCACAAUUUUUACUAAUCAUGAAGCUUUAAAGUUUACUUAUCAUCCUGAAAAAUCCUGAGCACGUCCCUCAGCUGCCAUGGUUCAACGAUGGAGUAUUGCCUUGAGUGCAUAUGACUAUGUAGUGACUCACAUUUAUCACGAGAACACGACUGGUUUAAUAAAAACAAUUAUUAUUAUAACCAACUGUACCAGUGUUUGUUUUAAUGUGCUUUUGUUUGACUGUGCUAAUGACAGCUAUUUUGUGCUUCCAUUCUUUUACUUACACUUCGAUUGUAACUUCGCGCGAAUUCGGUUACCUUCUGUAACCAAGGUUGUAUCCUGGCACGAUCUCGGUGUCCUUUCGAUGCCACGAGAUCGCCAGCAAAUAUACACCUCGACUUGGUCCAUUAAUUGCCUUCUGAUAUUUGGCUUCUCGGAGAUUUUAUGGAUUUAUUUGGUUACGUCCAACCUUCGCCUUCUGAUUCAUUUGGCACGUGUUUCUUGGUAGCGGUGUUCAUAGUCAAUUUCGACUCGGCGCCACGCUACAACUAUACGGUUCAGCACAGAAGUGCCAAACAGAUUCAACAUGUUGAUUACAUUUCUCGACAGUCAUUUCAAGAUAACCCUAUUAAUACUUCGGAUUGUUUGUUAGUGCAACCUUUACCAGUGAGACGUUCAGAUCUCAUUAGAGAAAAUCGUAGAUAUUUUGGAUGUAUACUCAGUGCUAUAAGCAAAGGUUGGAAUGCUAAUUUGAAACGGAGAUUUCCUAUCUAUUUUUCAAAGCGGGAUGAGCUAUCUACUACUCCUGGUGGUAUUCUGUGUUUAAAUGAUCGUGUUGUCAUUCCUUCUUCAUUGCGUAAAUCUGUUCUUGAAGAUCUUCAUAGUGGUCAUUUAGGUGUUGAGAAAAUGAAGUCCUUGGCAAGGCUCACAUGCUGGUGGCCAGAGAUAAAUGCAGAUAUAUGUCGUACGGCAAACAAUUGUGAGAAAUGUCAUCAGUUGAAAAAUCAUCCUUCGAAGUGGGUGCCAUGGCCAGUAUCGUCUGACGCCUGGCAGAGGAUUCAUGCUAACUAUUGUUGACUAUUUCUUGGUAAAUACUACGCACCAGUAGUCAUUGAUGCUUUUUCAAAGUGGCCUAAAGUUUUUUUCACAUCUUCACCAAAUUAUGAUUUCACAAUACAAGCAUUAAGAAAGGUGUUUAGUCGAGAAGGUGUUCCCUUGGUGUUGGUGACUGAUAAUGGCUCACAUUUUCCUGCAGAUGCAGUCACUACCUGGUUGAACGGUAUAGGGUGUAAACAUCUAUUUACUGCUCCCAGACAUCCGUGUUCUAAUGGUCAGGCAGAGAAUUUUGUUAGGACAUUAAAGACUGCUAUUGAUUCUAUAGCCCCCUCAACAUUUAAUGAGCUGGAGAGGGGAGUAGAUACCUUUCUAUUGCAAUAUAGAAAUGCCAAACAUUCGGUGGCGAAGGAGACUCCAGCGAAGCUAUUGAAAGGAAGAAUUCUUCGGUCGAAUAUGAGAUGUCUGGAGUCUGCAGAAGUUACAUACUAUCGAGGAAAUGACCUUCGACCAUCUACGGGUAUUGUUCUGAAGAAUGUCGGAAAAUCGAUGGUGCGAAUUCUAGACAUCGAUGACUUAAGUACACACAGUCGACAUGUAGAUCAAAUACAAUUUCAGGAACCAGGUGAGUCAGUUCCAAUUUGGAUUGUUAAUUCUAAUGCUGAUGAGCAUAUUCUAGAUAAUACAGGAUCCUUAUCCAAUACAAUGUCAGACAGACUCAGGAUGAAUUUGAGAAGAAGACGUACGAUUGAUUACAAACACCUAGACUCCAAUUUAAGCUGUGGCGGAUGUGGUGUUUGAAUGAACCAAUGAUAACUUCGUACUUGUUGAAUGCUUGAUUUCGAAUUCUAAAUACAAUACAUUCGUUUGUGCCUGUGUCUUCUUAAUUGAAUUGCGUUAAUCCUGGAAUUCCUAGUUCAUACGAUAAUUUGAAUACCAUAAAAUGACAACCUGACCAAAACCGGUGAACACGACUUUCAAAAAACUUAGAUCCGUCCAUAGUCUCGGCGAGGCCUAUUGCUAUACAUACCCUGGACUGUCCCAAAGAAAAAGAAGCACGGACAUCCCUGGAUAGGGCGGGAUAUUCGACGCUUACUAAGACAAAAGAAGAAAUGCUGGGAUGUUGCCAUCCGCCUUGGCACAGCGGGUACGAUGGAACGUUACAGAUCGAUAAGAAACGAGUGUAUAACUAAAAUUCGGGAAGCGCAAAGAAAAUAUGAAAUGCAGCUGGCAGAAUCUGCACCCAAGCAGCCCAAGAGGAUAUUCUCGUACAUAAACUACAGAACAAGGAUUCAUCAUUGGAUUCCCAACCUAAUUAAAGUAGGAAGUGAAUCUGAAAUGAUAGAAGAUCAGGAAAAAGCAGAGGCUAUGGCUGACUACUUUGGGGCAGUUUUCACUCAGGAACCUCCUCUAGAGAAGGAACCAGACCCAAUUACAGAGUCAACAAACCAGCUGCUCACCGUGGACUUCGACCAAAACGAUGUGCUUAAGGCUCUUAGCACCCUAAACAUGGAGAAGUCAACAGGACCAGAUGAACUACACCCUAAAAUCUUGAGACAUAUUGCCCAAUAUAUCGCAGCCCCACUGACUGUGAUAUUCAAAAUGUCACUUGACCAAGGUGUGUUACCUAUGGACUGGAAGGACGCAAUCGUCACUCCCAUACAUAAAACAGGACCAAGACAAGUUCCAUCAAAUUACAGACCCGUAAGCCUCACCAGUGUUGUAAUUAAAAUACUGGAAAGAAUAAUCAAACGGACCAUAACAGCAUUUAUGGAAACCAAUAACUUGCUGAACAUGGAACAACAUGGUUUUAGAAAGGGUCUAUCCUGUACAACGAACCUCCUUAUAGCAAGGGAGUUCUGGAUUAAUGCGCUAGACAAAGGAAACUCAGCGGAUGUUGUCUACAUAGAUUCCAGUAAGGCUUUUGACAAGGUUCCAACUAAUAGACUGCUAGUGAAGUUGGAACACCUAGGUAUUGCCGGACCUCUUUUAAAAUGGAUUAAGGAUUUCCUAGUAGGUCGUAGACAAAAAGUAAGAAUAAAUUCCAAGUGCUCCAUCUGGAGACCAGUACUUAGUGGAGUACCCCAAAGUUCCGUCUUGGGUCCUUUACUUUUUAUAAUGUACGUUAAUGAUCUUACAAGUAUAGUACAGUCUCCAAUGUUAUUAUACGCUGACGAUGUAAAAAUUUGGCGAGUAAUAACUGGAGAUAAAAACGCAUUUGCUCUUCAGGAAGACUUAAAUAAUAUGAUAAACUGGUCUAAAGAGUGGCUGAUGCCUAUCAACGCUGAAAGUGUGUCUACAUGCACUUGGGGGAUUCAAAGGUUAAUACGUACAACAUAGGGGAUGUGUCAUUACCCGUAGUCCGGUCUCAUAAGGACCUAAGGGUGACAGUGAGUAAUGAUCUUAAGACGACGGCCCAUUGCCGGGAGGUCGCAGUUAAGGGGUUUCGAACCCUCUGGGCUUUAAAAAGGACAUUCACUAAGCUUGACACUACCAUGUUCACCACAUUACACACAUCCUUAGUGAGAACUAAGUUAGAGAACUGUGUUCAGGCUGCAAGCCCCUGUUUCAAAGGUGACUCGGACAUAAUAGAAAAGGUACAGAGGGCAGCUACGCGUGCAAUUCCGGAACUCCGAGGUUUAUCAUAUAAAGAGCGGCUUGAAAAACUGAACCUCUUUACUCUGUCCUAUCGCAGACUAAGGGGAGAUCUAAUAUUGAUGUACAGAAUACUGAGAAAUGAUUUCGGACCUAACUUAUUCUCUCUAUUUCUUCCCACUAGAUCGGGACAUCUCAGAGGACAUAGCAGGCUAGUAGAAAAGCCAAGAACGAACAAAAUACCCGUGGCAUACAGGUUUUCACACCGAGUCAUCAAUACUUGGAACCUGCUGCCUGAAGCAGUGGUGUCCGCACCUUCAAUUGACUCUUUCAAGAGAAGACUGGACACUCACAGAAGCAUACUAGAAAAGGAGUAACAUAGGCCGUAGGCCUUCUCUCCUUACUACACAAAUCUGAAUCUGAUAUGGACCAUAGAGAAGUUAUAAGAAAACGAGCCUCCUGAAAGGCAUAUACACACUCUGGAAUUGGUGGAGUCUGCUAUCAUAAACGUACUGCCAGAAGGCUUAAAGAGGACACACUGCUAAAGUAAUGAGACUCGGAAAGUGGGUUGGAGGCAAGAACCAAACAAGAAAGAUUUUGAAUCAAGUGCACAAAGUUAAGAGUAAAGAGGUUUUAUACUAAACUCGAAUAUUCGUAUUAUUUGAGGAUUUAGCCAAGUGGGAGAAUACUCUUUCUGACUUAUAAACUAGGAAGUAGAAUGGAAAGACAAACCACGAAAUUCACGGUAUUCGAGUAGUCGUGUCUUCCGAGCAAAUGCUUUAGACACUAACGUGGGCAGAACGGGUGGUUCUUUCUGUAAAAUUAAGUCUAGACACGGGUUAAUGACUAUCGGAAGAAUAUACCUUAGUCCACGUUGCCCUUCUGAGAAAAUUUUCUUAGGUCAUAUCCGUUCUUGGAGUAUGGCUAUAUGUUUCGACCCAUCGUAUUUAAGCGCGAACUUUGAAAGUGGUAACAUUUUUUCACGUGGUUUAGGAAUUCUUCGACUUGCUCUUUUGUAGGGUGUAUUAUACUGUGAUUAUCAUCCUAUCCUGUACAUCGGGUACAUCUUACCCCGAAAAAUAAGGAAAAAACUUACUUUUAUUCGACGGACAAUUACCAGCUCGUAUUGUACCUAUUGCGGACUCAAGUCGUAAAUAGAUCUGCAAUUCAUUAUAUACUCACAGUCUCUAAUCCUAGUAUUAACCAGGUUAAUACUUAAUAAGAACUAAUACUCAGAUAUUAUGUUUAAUUUAUCGAGCACUGUGCUCACUUAUUUUCAUAUCAUGUCCAAUAACUCCAGUAAAAGAGAAAUUUCACCAACUUCUAAGCCAAAUAAAAGGUCCAAAUCUGUAACCCCUACAACUGACGACUCAGUGCUUGACAAUGUCGAACGUUUAACUACUGAAAAAUAUGUGUAUUGUACACUGCUGGACCUCGCCCUCACCCACCACUCUGAGGAUGUCUUUGAUAUCCAGCACCUUCCUCCACUAGUGAACAGUGAUCACGUUGUAAUUCACUUUAAGUUUAGGACACAUGGUAUGCAAUUCGUAUCUGCUCCACCCCGUCCCAAUAUCUGGCGAGCUAAUAUUCCGGAAAUCAGAAACUGUGCUAUCUCGACUGAUUGGUCGGUUGACGCGGAUGGAUUGAUCGGAGAUGAAUGGAAUAAGUUUAAGGCUACAUUCGAGUCCGUAACGUCGCCGUUUAUCCCAUGGUCAGCACGUAAGCUAUCACAUUGCCCUCCAUGGAUUAAUAAGGAAACCCGGAAGCUGUUAAAGCGUAGGAAACAUUUCUGGGACUUAUUCUUGUUGACAGGUCAUGCACCAUUUAAGCGUGAGUACCAGAAGUGCCGUAAUAUCUGUAAGAAAACCAUAGCUAAAUCCCGUACCACUUACGAACGACAGUUAGUAUAUGAUAGCCGUACUUGUCCGAAACGAUUGUUUUCAUAUGUUAAACGGCAAAUGAAAUGUAGUGAUGGUAUUCCCUCGUUACUGUUACACGAAAAUUCAGAAUUACUGGCUGAAUCAGAUCGGGCAAAAGCUGAGACUUUUUCAGACUACUUUAGCAAAGUCUUCUCUACGUUUAUUGUAACAAAUACUUGUCCCACUCACACCGAGAUACCAACCAUUGAACCUGUACAGGUGACUGAGGAAACUGUCCUUCAGUUGAUAACUAACCUCAAACCUGGUAAGAUACCGGGCCCUGACGGGUUACAUCCACGUUUGCUGUCAUCUCUUGCGGACAUUAUUUC